AUUGAACCAAAAAAAUUAAAGGCAUGGCAUUAGUUAUUUAGUUCCCAACCAAAAAAAUCAAAUUCUAAUAGAUGCAAUCAAUUGUACAAAAUGAGAUCCAAAUCUCCAAUACACGGGCAGGGGACUAUGCCUAAAUACCAAGAGGCUGCUGGUUGCUGGAGAGUGGAGGAAGAGAGAGUAGUGGCCAGAUCUGGACCGCCGGCAGCAGCUAGAGUGGCUGGACCACCUGCGAGGAGUGGAGCUCAAGCCUCAACAACCGUUGGAUGCUGGAGAACAGAGGAGAGGCACGAUCUGAAAGUGCAGCGUUUAAUGAAGAAGCUUAAGGAGAUAGAGCAAUGGCUGGAGGCUGAAGUUGGAGAUCGACGACUGCUGGAGAAAAUAGGAGAGGCACGAUUGAAAUUGCAAGGUUAAGUCAAGAAGAAGGUGCCCCCAGCCAAAAUGACGUCGUUUUGGUUGAGGAUUCUUUUUUUUUUUUUUUCCUUCUUGCAUAAUGUACCGGUCAAAUUUCGGUGUACUGGUCGGUACCCGAAAUUUUGGCCGGUACAUCAAAAUUUGACCAGUACAAUCGAAAUUUGACCGAAACAAAAUUUUAACUUAUUU